CUGGAAUCUCCCGUGUGCUGCGCACUUGGGGGCCCCCUUUUGCGGGUCCUGCGGCAAACCUUCGGCACGCGCCUGGGUCCCUGCCCGGUUCGAUGUCGCGGUUCUCGAGCAUCGACGGGCAGCACACGGCGCUGCGGGAUUUGGAGCGCCAGCGCCUCGAGAAGCUCAUGGGCCAGUUGCGGCGAGAGGUGGAGCCCAGCGCCAAAGCGGGCCGCUUCCAGCCCCCCAAGCGCCCAGAAAGAGAACGGCCCAAGCGGGUGGUGGUGGCCAAGCCGGAGGAGAAGCCCAACGCGGAGAUGGCCUGGCUGCUGCGUGCCAGCGAACGCUUCGAGGCUGAAGCUGCAGAGGUGCGGUCCUUCCUUGUGGAGCACGGCUUGGAGCAAUAUGCUCCGCUGCUGGAGGAUUGCGGGGUUUCGGGCAGCUCUAUGGAGGCUCUCCGCAGCGCCACACCUGAGUUUCUGGAGCAGGCGGGCCUGCCGGACUCGCCCCGACGGCGUCUGCAGCUGGCUCUACAGGGGGACUCUGACUCUGAGGAGCGGCCAAUGUCGGAAGAAGGCGAAGGUCCCCGAAGUGCCCAAUGGGGCCGCCUCGGGCGACUGCCAGCUGGCUGGCACCGGUGUGGAGGCGAGCGCCCACGCGUGGCGACUCGCUCCGUACCCGUGUCGCAUUCCGAUGCGGCCGUGGGCGACGACAGCCCAGUCGCAGCCAGUCCCGUCAAGAAGAUGGCUGAGGUGGCGGCGGGCGCGGAAGCGCCAGCGCCAGCUUCCGUCUCAAAGAUCGGGAGCCAGGCAUCACCGGCCGGCGCCAGUUCUCGUCCUGGCUCAGCGGCGGGCAAGGCCAAGGGCUGCUGCUACCAAUGCUACCGCCAACUCUACCUUUCCAGCGCCCUGCGCAUGGAGGAGGGCUCGCGGCCUAGCUCUGCCAGCGCUCAGGUCUUCUGCUCCGACGCCUGCAUGGACAACUUCAGACAGGUCUGUGACUGUGCCACUGGCCUGAACCUGCCGGAGGAGUGGCUGUGUCAGCUGAGGGUCCGGUCCCAUCCUCGCUGGUUGGGGUGGACAACCGGUGGAGGAACGGUCCUUAAGCUGUUGGUGGCCAUCGACAUGGUGGGUGGCAAUGUGGCCACGGCGACUGGGGCGCUGGCGGCUCGAGCGUUGUCGAGCGCCAACAAAUUGCAGCGGUGGUCAGAUGUCAGCCGUGCCAUCAAGUUCAGCAAGUGCAGCCAACUUCCGUGACCCACCUCCGAGA